GUGUUCUGAAGAAAGAAAGUAAUACACAUCUGGGAUGGCAUCAGGGUGAAUAAAUUAUUGAAUGAAUGAAUUUUAAUUUUUUGGGUGAACUAUCCCUGUAAAUGAAUGAUUUUUAUGUUCAGCUGUCAGUUCAGAGAAUAGUAAAAUGCUACAAAAUGAUGUUGCAACCUAUAAAAGCAGCUCUAGGAAUACUUUAAACACAUUCAUUUAUUUGUUACAAGGCAUAAGUUUACCUAUGGCAUAAAUUAACUUUUAAAAAACAGUUCUUUUAACGUGUAGAACAGAAAUAGACUGGAAUGGAGUGGAUAUAUUUUCCUCUUGUACACUCAAAAUGGAUGUUUACUAAUAAAGUGCACUGACUGAUUUGACCAAUUAUUGAUUUGAUCAAAUACAAUUAAUUUGAUCAAUUUACUGAUUUUAUAAAUGUAAGUGUGUGAGUGCAUGGCAAGGGCAGGCUAUUACACCUUGUUGCGCAUAUUCUCCUUCGCGGUCUGAAGGCAGCUGAAGCCACUGUUUCAUUACUGACUCUGUUUCUGAAUUUGUUGCCCUCAAUGUCAAGGGAUUCUUUCGGACAGCAUCUAAUGAACAUAAGUAGAAAAAUCAAAGACAUUAAAUUCUGUCAGCAAUAGGAUACACUGCCUCGACAUGGAACAUCAUUGGAGCCUACACAAAUAAUCCACACAAGAUUCAACUUUCCCAUGAAGUAUAAUUAAUAUCAUUAAUGAAUUGAUUAAUUACAGAAUGCUAGCUAAUUCAAGAUCAUUUCAGCUAACGUUAACAAACGAGACAGCAACAAACAAGAUAGCUAAUAUAACCCUCCUCCUGGAAAGUCAGUUAGUUAGCUAUAAAGUUCAGUAGUCAUUGUACAAAGUUAGAUAGCUAACUAAAAUUAAUAUAUUGUAAUUUAAGGUAUGUUUUUCUAAAGAUACACAACAACAGUCAGUGUAACGGUCUCCAGGACUGAACAGGUUUUCUAACGUUAUGUUCUUUCUCCUAACAGGCUAUCACAUCUAACGUUAGGCUAUAUAGAUAUAGAAAAUUAUUUUCCACUUGACAGUUAAAACAAGACUGGAAACUGAACAUAAAUUACCAUGACUUACCUUUUUGCAAAUUAUUCUGAUCCUCUUGAAAAAGGUUAUACAUGCUGCAUCCACAUCAAGCAGGAUCCGAGUGUCAAAGAUAGCUGGGCUCUGCAACUAACCACCAAAUCCGUCAGUCGGCUGUGUUCCGUAAUUUUAGCAGUGACAAAAGGCAACUUUAUAUGUUGUAACUACACUAACAAAAGUUUCAUUACACAUGUCACACAUCAAAAAUGUUUGUUGGUGAGACUUCCUAAUGUUUUCUAGGAGGUUAAUUGGGAAAUAUUAUUACAUUAUACAUAUAUAGGUCUAGUAUACUGGCUGUAUUGAUGAUGAUUGUAUUUCUUCUCUCGCUAUCUUUGUCCCAGAUUUAGUUUGGGCAAAUGUUAUGAUUGUUACACUCAUCUGGCAUAGCGCAUUUAUUUUGUAUUACCUUAACAAGAUUCUGGAGUACACUAAUGGUAAGUUGGUAUGAAAUGUCAGCACACUCAUUCUAUAAAAACAGCAACUGCAGACAUUUCUCGUGAUUUGUAUGCUAUACCAGUGCCGUUUCUAACCUUAUGAGGGAUCUUAUAAACUGGCAAACUGGGAGUGGGGGCCCCUUCCAUUCUCCGACCAUGGAAGGGGGUUCUUCUAUGGGUACGCCUGGGGCCCCAAUUGAAGAGGGGCCCCAAUUGGCUGCUUUUACUGCUUUCACCUAGAAACGGCCCUAUGCUAUGCAAUCUAUGUCUAUUUCAGAGCUGUCGGGUUCGUUUAAAGUUAUGUUUGACACUUCAUUUUAUUACAUUGUUGAAUUGCUGUAAUAUAGUUUACUCUCAUAGUUUAAUAACUUUGGUUAUGAUGCCAGAAUUAUCUACUAGAAUUUAUUGUAUAUACUCCAGUUUAACUUUCCCCUCCCAUGCACGUGUAAAUUCUGAAAUAACAUUUAUUAUGUGUUUAACAUCACAGCUUGGAGACAUUGGUGAAUCAAGAUGUGCUCUCCGAGAAUGGCCUUACUGAAACCAAAAGAUGUCAGCAAGAGUCAACACCAAUCCUGGGAGAGAGUGAACUAGACAGAAAAGUUUAAAAUCUUUCAAGCAAUAACUUAACACCAUAUAUAUCAUGAACUGAUGCUAUCCUUUAUUAUUUGUACAAAUUGUAGAUUUCAAUUGAGAAAAAAACCCCCACAUUAAAUAGCAUUAUUAAAUAGAAUAAUUAAACAAUUAGGUUUCAAUGGUUUUCAUACAUUGUAUGGUUGUCUAAUAAAUUGUAUAUAACUGUAUAUAGUUAAAAACACUAUAUUAUUAUUCUUAUCCUACUAUGGGUCUUGAUACUUGGUAUCUAUGUUAAUCUAUGUCACUAUGUUAUUUUUAUCUUCUCUGUUGUUCUAAUCUCCACAAUAUUUACUGGCAUUUUCCCCCCAUAUCCUUAAUCAAACUGCAUGGAUUUCUUCACUGUGUGUUUUUAACAUAGACUGAUGUCGCCAUUUGAAUAAUAUUACAAAAUUUUGUCUGAAAAAUGCAGAGUGACCCUAAUAACCAUAUCAAUCUGCCCUACUUCCUCUGAUAUGCUUCUCUGGCCAAAAAAGAAACACAAAACCAAUCAGCAGCAUCAUGACACUGCUGAGAACACUCAUUGGCUAAGAAAGCAGAGACAUGCUGUGUGUGUGUUUGGGGGGAGAAGGUGUAUGUGUGUCCUGUAUAAAGCAGACUGCUCUGCAGCAUUUCUGAACUGGUGCAGUGCCGGUUCAUCUCCACUAAUGGUGUGCAGAACAAGGGGGACUUAAAGAGAACAACUUCUCAAACCAACAAAUCAACAUAAUUUGAAAACAAAACAAAAAAGCAACAAACCAAAAAAAAAAAACAAAUCCUGCACCAUGAGCUUCAACCCUUUCAUCUCUUCCUCUCUGUCCUGUCGAUGGGAUGACUCCCCCACCACCUACCGGCUCUCCAAGGGGCCCUUUACUUCCUCCAGGUGGCCAAUGCUUUUGGAGCCGCUGCAGCACUGGGAGCAGAUGAACCUGAGUCAGGCGAGUGUAGUGAAUGCAGUGCUGUUGGAGCUGCGGGCCCAGGAAAGGGAACAGUUGGUGGGGCUGAACAACCGCUUUGCAUCCUACAUUGAGAAGGUGCGGCAACUUGAGCAGCAAAAUCGGGCACUGCUUCUGCUGCUGGAGGCCCUUCGCCGUGGUCAGAGUCAGCCCUCCAGGGUGCAGCAGCUCUACACACAAGAGGUACGGGGUCUCAGGGAGCAGUUGCAUCAAGAGGCCCAGAAUAAAGCAUGCAUGGAGGCGCAGAGGGACCAGUUGCGGGAGACCCAUGCACAGCUGCACGAACACUGGGAGGAAGAGGCACGCCUGCGUAUUCGGGCAGAAGACGACCUGCAGUGGCUGAAGGAGGAGGCAAGCAGGGCCGUGCUGUGCAGAUGUGAUGCAAAAGCCAGUGUGGCCUCCCUUGCGCAGGAGCUAGCAUUCCUGAAGCAAGUGUUUGCAGAAGAGCAAGAGGUGCUGAGGGUCCAGCUACAGGUGGCCAGCCUAAAUGUGGAGCUGGACACAAGUAGACCAGACCUGUCGGCUGCUCUCAGAGAGAUCCGAGAACAGUUUGAGAGCCUGUCUGGACACAACAUGCAGACAGCUGAAGCCUGGUAUCGGGGUAAUGUAGCAAGUGUAGUGGAGCUGACUGAUAAACAGGACGAGGCUGUGCGCUUGGUGCGUGAGGAGACAGCUGAGUACCGACAGCUGCUGCAGUCCCGUUCCGCUGAGGUUGAGGCACUGAGGAAUGUCAUUGAGUCACUGAAUGCACAACUAGGGGAACUAGAGGAGACGCAGAACACUGAAGUCAACAAGUACCAGGGGAAGAUAAGUGACCUAGAGAGGGACAUUGCUGAUGCGAAAGAGGAAAUAUCACUCUAUUUGCGGGACUACCAAGAUCUGCUUAAUGUGAAGAUGGCUUUGGAUGUUGAGAUUGCGGCUUACAGGAAACUCCUGGAGGGAGAAGAAAAUCGAUUUACAUAUUCCACCAUCCCACUCCUCGCCUAAACACCUGAAAACAUGAAACCCCUGGGCCGUAACGACGAUAUGCAUACAUCAUUUUCUUAAUUUGAAUACUGUUGUGCCAAAUCAACCAAUUUUUUAUCAUAAAAUUACCCCCAAGGUCCUGAAAUACAAACCUACACCUCAACUAUCUCAGUUUCAGACAUCAUGAAGCACCUAUAUUUGCUUUUCCAAACCACCCAACUAACCUAGAACCACUACACCAGACCCUCUUUGCCACAUCAAAUCAAUUUUGCAUCUACCUCCAUUCCUAGUUCUUCAAUUACCUGACCCCAAGUAUCUAACCAUGAAACUAAAAUAGCAAAUCAUUGCUGUAAAGACUGACGAGCCCUUGUGUCACACAAGAGGUACAUUAAAAGAGGUCCCCCUUCUUCUUUACACUCUAAAUAAACAUAAGGCCACCUUGGAGACAUUGUUAAGAGCAGCACUCACUCAGCCAGAGCUCAGUGUCAUGUUGGUCGAUUCUUGUGGUAGACCUUAGAAUGGUUCGACUUUUAGAACAGUACUUAGGUGUUGUUCUGCAAGUAAAUCCAAUGCUAAUUCUCUUAAUGUUUGAUCCUUGCACCCAUUGAGCAUCUGAUUAGCCAGUGAUCCCCUGCUAUGCAAACUUUUAACCAAUUGUUUGUGGAGGUGGAUUGUUAAAUUUAAUCUAGCUUUGGGUGAUGUGCAAUGGAUUGAAGCUAAUUUAAGUUUAACUGAAGCUUAAUUUUCUUAAUAUGACAUAAGACCAAGAAUCAGCCAACAGGAAGUGUCGCACAUCCCUGGCUCUUUAGCUUCCAUGUAGUAAAAGCAAAAGUUUAGUUGUAUGUUAGCUUAUAGAAUGUAUUAUUUCCAUUGAAUGUAGUAGAACUUCAUUUGCUCAUUGUAUGUUUUCUGCUUCUCAUAUUGUUUUGUUGAGGAUAUCUGAUUGUUUUACACAGUGUUUGACUUGACAAAAGCAUGACUGAAAAUCAAGAGUAGGAUAAACUUGUGGUUAAAAGACAAAUGUCACGCUAUCAUCUGCUUCUGUUGCGCCAUCUAGUUUAAUGUAAACAAAUUAUCAGUAAUUUGGUAAAUGAACAAGUAACCGAGCCUGUUUACCACGACAGGCUCUGAACUAAUUGUAUGUUUGCACCAAAAUACAUCCAAAAUAACAAAUAAAAUGAAACCUCUUGUUGAGCACA